AUGGUUGCAGAAACGAAGCUAUACGACGCUCUCUCCAUCAAGCCCGAUGCCUCGCAGGACGAGAUCAAGAAGGCGUACCGCAAGGCAGCGCUGAAGUACCACCCUGAUAAGAACAAGGAUAACCCGACCGCGUCGGAGAAAUUCAAAGAUGUAUCCCAAGCAUACGAAGUCCUCUCCGACCCCGAGAAACGUAAAGUCUACGACCAAUUCGGCCUGGAAUACCUCCUCCGGGGCGGUCCCCCGCCCGCCAGCGCCGGGGCUGACGGCCCCAACCCCUUCGACGGUGGCAUGCCGGGCGGGUUCUCCUUCGGUGGCAUGCCCGGUGGAGGCGGCGGCGGCACCCGAACAUUCCAUUUCUCGACGGGCCCUGGCGGUGGCGGCAGCGGGUUCCGGUUCAGUAAUGCGGACGAUAUCUUCCGGAACUUUGCCAAGGGCGGCAUGGGGAGUGGCAUGGGAGGCAUGGAAGAAGAUGAUAUAUUUUCGAUGCUGAACGGCGGGCUCGGCGGCGGUCGGGGAUUCCGGAAUAGUCGCGGGCCCAGCGGAUUCAAGCAGUCGGCGCAGCGGGCACCGACGCCGGAGCCGACGGUCAUGGAGAAGGAGCUGCCGCUGACGUUGGAGGAGCUGAUGCGUGGCACGACGAAGAAGGUGUCGGUGAAGAGCAAGACGUUUGAUGCGAGCGGCAAGCGCACGGUACAGGAUGUGACCCUGGAGGCCAACAUCAAGCCGGGGUUGCGGACGGGCUCGAAGAUCAAGUACCGGGGCGUGGGCGAUCAGGAGGAGGGUGGUCGCCAGGAUGUGCAUUUGAUUGUGACGGAGCAGCAGCGCGAACAUCCCAACUUCAAACGCCAAGGCGACAACCUCGUCACGACCGUCGAAAUCAGUCUCAAGGAGGCCCUCACGGGCUGGGAGCGCAUCGUGCGCACGAUUGACGGCAAAUCCAUCCGAGUAUCCAAGCCCGGGCCAACACACCCAGGCCACGAAGAGCGAUUCCCAGGCUUGGGCAUGACGAUUUCGAAGAAGCCCAGCGAACGGGGUGACCUACUGGUACGAGUGAAUGUGCGAUUCCCGGCGAGUCUGAGUGCCUCGCAGAAAGACAUUCUGAAGGAUGUGCUACCGUGA